GUUUUCAGGGUGAUGAGAUUGUAUCCAAAAGUUAGGGAUUCUGCAAGAUAUCCUUCAAAAAGGAAGGAUGAUGUGGAUUCAGAUUCUGAUAUGUUUGAUCCUGAUUAAAAUUUGUGUUCACUCCCCCAUAUUUUCUGUUUCUCCUUUAACCCUUUUAAAGCUACUUUAAUCUCUCUUUAAUUGUUGGAUAAGGUCAUGUUUUGUGUGUAGGAAAAGCACGGUUUACAUCUUGCCCACUUGAUGCCAUCAUAAAGGCUUUUGAAAAAGCAUUAUCUGAUGUGUAAAAAUGCCUUCUUUUUCCACCCAUUUGCUAUUGUGGAUGUCAUUAGCACAUGAUCAAGAUUUUGGUUGUAAAGUUGUCAUCUUUAGUUGUCAGAAUGUGGCCAUGUCCAUGUCAGCUCCACCUCUAUUUUUCACUCUUACUGGUUGUUGGAAAGCAUAACCAACAUAAAGUAAGCAUCACCACCUAUGUCACCCCUCUCUUUCCCUCUCUUUUUCUUUCUAUAUAUACUUGCUCUUGCUGUUGAUAUCUUCCCCCUUCCUCCAUUUCUUCACUUGCUACAUUUACUUGCUUGUGUAUUUCAAGAAUCAGUUAGCAACAAUGGCUGUGAGUGAUCAGUUUGUGCUAUGCAAAGCAGCUCUGAUAUUUGCAGUGACAAGAUGGCUCCUGUCUUUGGCUCUCAACCUCCUCACCAAAUCCAUAGCUUCUCCUCAGCCCUCCUCAUCCUGCUGCUCGGGCUCCUCGUCUCCCGCGGCCAACCUGAGGCUGCUGAAGGGGAGCCUCUCCCUCACCACGUACGGCGAGAUGGAGCAGCGGCUGCCGGAGGGGCACGACGAGUCGUGCGCCGUAUGCUUGAAUGGCCUGAAAAAGAGCAGCCAUGUGUGGGAGCUGAGCAACUGCUGCCAUGUCUUCCACAAGCACUGCCUUGAGAGGUGGCUGGCUUACGACAACCGGCUGACCUGCCCUCUCUGCCGGGCCUCCUUGAUCGACGCGAGGCCGCUGCCGCCGGCUUCGCUGCCGGAGCAGCCGAGCUGGGCGGUGGAGCGGAUGCUUUACUUGUUUGGAGAUGAUCUGCUUCCUUGAUUUCUUCAUUGUGGGAGGCAGUUUUUUGGCUAUGGCCCCUCCAACUCCAAUUAGGCUGAUUGGUAGAUUAUUAUUAUUUUUUAUUAGAGGUUGUUACUAUUUAUUAGGCUAGAAUUAUUUCUAGACAUAUUAGUUUUGUGUAUAAAUAGUUUGUUUGGGUUUGCACAUUUGCUAACCCAUUAGUACAUAGAUAUUCGACAUUUGGGAAGUGGUGCAUUUGUAAAAUUGAGGAAUAUAAUCAUAAAGAGCAAUUCUUUUCCCAA